AUGGAGAAAUGGGGCGUGCGGCAACAGUUUACAGCACCGUACACGCCUCAGGAAAACCCAACAGAACGCACAAACCGCACCGUAAAGACGAUGAUAGCGCAACUGGCGGAGCAGGAGCCUACGAAAUGGGAUGAGCACCUACCCGAACUAAUGUUGGCAUACAAUAGCAGCACGUCGGAGUCAACCAAAUUCAGCCCGGCACAGCUGAUAUUCGGGAAGGAGUUAAGGCUACCCAACACAGUAUUCGACGCCGUAACAGCCGGAUCAGGGCUGACGGGGGAAAAUAUAGGUACAAGAUGGAAGAGGCUGAACAACCUGAGGGAAGAAGCCACGGCAAAUAUGCAAGAAGCGGCGGAAAAACAAAAACAGCACUACAAUUUACGGAAGAUGCAGCGGCUCCAGGAGAGCAUGAAGCGGUUCCGGCAGCGCCACGCAAGCCUAGCAGCAGCUGCCAGAACGGUGUCAAUGGUGGAAGCAUCGGCACUGCCAGGGGGCACACGAAAGAGGACGGCGCCAGCAAAGAUGGGCACAGCGAACGAGGAGACAACGGCAGCACCAGGGAGAAAGCGGAUUGCGCACACGCCGCCAGUGACAGCAGAGGCAGGAGAGCGAGGCCGGGAACAGCCGGUGCCCAAAAUGCGCCCAGUGCAUACUCUGCGUCGACAAGGAGCAGCAGACACCGACAGUAUGGAUGAAGGAUGCUACUGCCCAAACAGAGCCCUGGCGAAGGCUGAGUCAGCCAAAUGGACUACCAGCAACUGCGCCUGCCCCUACACCAACUGGCGCAGCGCAGCAGGGAAUCCCGAAAGGGCCCAAAAAGCCCCGGAAAAAGCCUCAAGGAGCCCAGCCAGAGCCCGCGGAGGCCCACGUUGCCGCCCGGACUCCGAGAACCCCGGAAAACCCGCUGGUGAAUGGGAGGUAGUUGCCAAGAAGCCGAGGGCAGCGCGCCGUGGACGUCCUGAUGCUGUCAUCGUGCAGGCAAACGGCAAGUCCUACAGCGAGGUGCUAGCCAUGGUGACCAGGAGGGGCGACAAGCAGCUGUCGGCCCUGGGUGCCUGUGUCUCCAAGGUCCGUCGCACUAACAACGGCAACCUGCUCCUGGAGGUGGCCAGAGGGAGCGUGGAGAGCGCCGAGACCAUGAAGGAGAGAAUCGAGAGGGUGCUCGGUGACUCCGCGACUGUUCGUGCGUCGACGGAGAGCACGAAAGUGUUGGUUUUGGAGAUACGAAACAUCGACUCCAUCACCUCGAAGGAGGAGGUCUGUGCCGCUAUCGCCGGCCAGUUCAAUUUCGAAGUUGGACGUGUGAGAGUCCGGAGCAUGCGCCGCGGCCACUCAGAGACGCAGCAGGCGGUGGUCAGUCUGCCCAUCCCAUUGGGCAAGGCAGUUUUGCAGCGUGGCGAGGUGCGUAUCGGAUGGUCGAUGUGCAGGAUCCGGGAAAGAUCCGGUCCACCGAGGUGCUUCAGAUGCCUGGAAACCGGGCACAUUGCGAUCCACUGCAAGAACCCGGUGGAUAGGAGUGCCUGCUGCAUCAAAUGCGGAGAGUCGGGCCACAAAGCAGCCAGGGCCGCGCAGGAUCUUCUGACGCAGACGGUGCGCGAACGCGGCUCAGAGGUAGCUAUCCUCAGCGAGCCAUACAGGAUAGGAAGCAGCCGGGACUGGGCCACGGACCGUACUGGCAAAGCGGCCCUAUGGCUAUGCGGAGCGGGUGCGCAGCAGAUGAGCGACAUCAAGGCGACUGACGGCUUUGUCAGAGCAAAUGUUGGCGGUACGUGGCUAUACAGCUGCUACCUGGCGCCCAGCCUUUCGCUGGAGUCCUUCGGUCGGAUCCUGGAUGAGUUGAGCAUCGACCUCCGGGGUCGUAGCAACGCGGUGGUCGGUGGCGACUUCAACGCCUGGGCUACCGAAUGGGGAUCUUCUCGGACAAACGCAAGAGGCCGCGCGGUGCUGGAAACCUUUGCCUCGCUGGACGUCGUCCUCUUGAAUGAAGGCUCCCGGCAGACCUUCAGCAGGGCAGGCGCGGGAUCUGUCAUCGAUCUCACUUUCGUUAGCAGUGCGCUGGCCCGCCACGCCUGUUGGAGGAUCGGGGAAGUCUACACUGCCAGCGAUCAUGAGGCCAUCGAAUGCACGCUAGGGUUGGGCGGCCGACCCAGUGGCACCACACCUCUACCAAGAAGGGCGUUCCGGCAGGACACCUUCAGACCUCGGGCCUUUGUAAGCGCCCUUGAGGGAUUCUCAGUGGACGAAGCGGACGGAGCUAACGGGAUGGCAAACAAGCUUGCUGACGCCUUGGAAAACGCUUGUGACCAGAGCAUGCUCCAGAGGAGGCCAUUUCGAGGAAACCACCGCCCGGUUUUCUGGUGGAGCGAGGAGAUCGCUGAGCUACGCCGCAUCUGUCACCGCUCCAGAAGACUGCUUCAGCGAGCAAGAAGCAGCCCGCUCCUUGUGGAACGUAGCGAGCGAUAUAAAGCGGCGAGAAAGGCGCUGAAGAUCGCUAUUAGAGACAGCAAGCGGGAAAGCUUCCUGAAGCUGUGCGAUGCCACCGAGGAUGAUCCAUGGGGAGGCGCGUACAAGAUGACGGUGAAGAAGCUCAACGCGGGGGGAAACGCCCCAUUCGACCCGGAGGCACUGGAGGGGAUCGUCAAAGCCCUAUUCCCAGAUGGUCAGCCUGUCGGAAACUUCCCAAGAGCUGAGCCAGGAGAGUUCCGCAGCGUCACGGAAGCCGAGGUACUGCAGGCUGGCUGA